AUGAAGAUUGGAUUUAUUGGCGCUGGAAAGAUGGCACAGGCAUUGGCCAGAGGACUAAUAAAUUCUGGACGUUAUCCUUCACAAAAUUUGAUGGCUAGUUGCCCUAAGAAGCUUGGAAUUAAUACAACACAUGAUAAUUCACAAGUUGCUCGUGAAAAUGAUGUGGUGAUUCUGGCAGUUAAACCAACUAUUGUGUCUAAAGUUGCUUCGGGCAUCACCAUACGCUACAUUGAGCAGUUAUUGCCUUCGAAAUCCCGAAUUGUUCGUGUAAUGCCAAACACUCCUGUAGUUGUAGGAGCUGGUGCUUCAGCUUAUAGCAUGGGUGAUUCCCAAAUCGUUCAAGAUCUUCUAUCAACCGUUGGUUAUGCUGUUGAGCUUCCUGAAAUACACAUUGAUCCUGUUACAGGACUAAGUGGAAGUGGACCAUCUUAUGGAUUACCAAGAGAUCUCUCAAUGAAAUUAGCAGCAAUGACUCUAUAUGGUGCUGCAAAAAUGUUUUUAGAGACUGGAGAACAUCCUGCAAUACUUAAAGAGGCUAUUCAAAGCCCUGGUGGGAGCACAAUUUUUGGCAUGCAUGAAUUAGAAAAGGGUGGUUUGCGCGGCCUUUUAAUCAAUGCAGUCGAAGCUGGUGCCGAGCGUUCCCGACACAUGGGCCAAACAUCUUUGCCACAUAGCCGAACGUCCGUAAUUUAUCGCAGUGAAAUUUAA